GUAUCACGUCCCAAAUUACACCCAGACCGUAUCGAUGAAAUUAUCAGAGGUUCUGGCUGAUAUAGGUGUUGAUGAGAGGAUAGUGCUGAAGAGGAGAAGAACAUGGCUUCUGACAGAAUCAAUAGCAAAUAUAGAUAAUCAAUCGGCGCGUGAUUCUUUAAUAUUCAAUUUUGGGAGUCAAUCAGAAGGUACAACAACACCAGGAAUGAAUUCAGACUUAGAUACACUUGCUUGCAUAAAUGUACUCCCUGUGAUACAAGACUGGAGUGAUUGGAAACUUGGUGUAUUUAAUCUAUUGAUGACUGAAGAUGAUUCUGUAUCUCCGGGAUAUUGUUUACUUCAGGUGGUAAGACCUGAUGCUCCUCUUCCUCGUUACGGUGAAUCUGAUGGAAACUUUGUCAAAGACAAAACAGGAAAAUUAUUUUAUAAGAACCCUUUAAGAUCUUUAUGUGCAAGAUAUGGUAUAAAAAUACAUGGGCCAGCAGGUGAACAAAAAAAUCGACCAGGCUUCCUUGAUAAAGAUAAUGUUUUAGCUCUAAAAUGUACCACAUGGCCACUACAAGCUAGACAAUGGUUGGAUCAACAAUGCGAAGGGCACUGGCCAUCUGAUGAAAUUAAACACCUUUGCAGCAGAACUGGAUGCUUACUUGUUGGUGUUGGAUGUAGGGGCAGUGAACAUGAGCAACUUGAAUGGAGAAUAUCAACAUCUUUUUCAGAAAGGUUGUUAAUGUUUAACUUGAACAUUACACAAAUUCGCUGUUAUGUCUUGAUGAAAAUGCUUAUAAAAACAUAUAUUAAUCCACGGUUUGAAGAUGUUAUUUCAAGUUUUAUGUGCAAAACUGUACUCUUCCACUGUAUUGCCAAUACACAUUCUAGCAUCUGGAGAGAAAAUAACUUACUUUCUUGUCUCUCACAGUGUUUUUAUCUGCUGUACAACAAUAUCAUUAGUGAAAAUUGUCCACAUUUUAUCAUUCCUGGGAACAAUUUAAUGAGAGGUAAGAUUUCAUCUGAAAACAAACCCUAUCUCCGGGAAGAAGUCAACAAGAUUGUCAGCAAUGAAGGAGAGGCACUACUUAAAGUACUUGGGAUCAAAUAUGAUGAUCUUGGUUCAAGGCUUCGUCUCAAGUUUUAUAACAGAUCUUUAAUCAAGUCAAGUCACAUUAUUUCAGGAGAACUAUUAUUUAAUCUCGCUAUAAGAAUAUCUGUGAAACUGUUAGAUACUUAUUAUCUUCAUGAGGACAGAAGUCCUAAUGUAGCUGUAGAAAUAUUUAAGAACAAUAUAUCAAAGAUAUUCAAUUGUCGAUAUGAAGGAUUGGAUAAGACAGCCAGUCUUCUUAUUACACCAUUGUAUUGUACAACACUUGGAUCUGUAUUGGCUUCCAUCAACAUAAAUCAGUACAACACUGUAUCAAUAGAUACCCUAAAGCUCAUCUCUCUUGGUCUGAAUACGGAUGUUGCAUCAAGUAGACUGAAACUUGCCUCAAUCUUAUUCCGUGUUCAAGAAAUACAAAAAGCUGACGUAGUACUCAGUGAGAUAGAAAGAAGAUAUGAUCUGCAAAUUGUUGAGCCUGUCUGUAAUUGUUAUCUAUUUGAGAGGAAAACAUUAAAGCAAAGAUUCCAUGAAUUAUGUGAUAACCAUAAUGAAGAAGUCUUACAGUAUAUAACAGCAUUUUGUGUUACAUUUCUGCCAUGUGAAAUUCACUGUGUACCAACUGAACUGAGAUAUGAAAUACAAAGAUCUACACAAGAGGAGAGAAUAUGUCGUACAGAAAGAGACAAGAGAUGGAUGGAUUAUGCUGUGGUGGAUUCCCUCCCUUAUCUCUACUUUUUACAAUACAAGGUUAACAACCAUCUAGGGAGACAUGACGAAAAACAAGCUGCUCUUUUCAAACUUGUAAGAACAAUAAAAGAGGAACCACACCUAGGACAUCGGGAAACAGCUCUAAAUAUUCUUGGAAAGUGCAUGAUACAAGAAGGUAGAGCCGGAGAUUCUUUACAGUGUUACAGAUGUCACUUAAUGUAAGAGGGCGAAACAAUGCUGCGAAGAUUCAUAUUGCGACACUCCUUUCGGUAUUGAUAAAUUCAAGGUCAUAAAAAGUACAUAAAAUUCAAUCUGUCUAUAAUUGAAUCUAUAAUUCCAUAUUUGAAAGAGAUAAAGCAAACGUCAAGCGUUUGAAUAUAAGGUUGUUUGAUGUAUUGUAACUGUUAACACGAUUUUAUACAUGUUUUCUUUUUAUGUUGUUUGUUGUAUAUACAUGCUUUUUUGACCAUAUAC